CUCGAGGUCUCGAGGCUUUCCACGAGGAGCAGCGAUCGAUCGGUCCCUCGCCCUUCCAUCUCUGCAGGAAAUCCGUCUGCAAUCGCGCACGGGAGAUUGACGAGAAGAGGAAUCGCUGGUUGUUGAAUCUGUGACAGGAGGGAGCAGGGACGCGGAAUUUCGUUAUCCGGUGGCGGAGCAGACUUGCAGAACUUGGACGCGAGAGAAAACGGAAAAGAUUGUGAUUUGAUUUGAGUGCGACUCUGUGAUUUUCAUGCGAGCCCAGGGAUUUGGGUUCUCCCGGGUUCCCACAGCCGAGCAUUCUUGACAGAGAGCGAGGAUUGUUAAAGGGAGUUUGUGGUACAAUUCGCGGUGUACUGGACGUCACCGCCAGUGAGGUCGCGAGUGACGGUCUGAGCAUCGGACAGGUUUCAUGGCAGGGCUUGACUCUAUGCGGGAGGCAGCUCGUGAAUAGUAUGGCUACGGUGACCACCGCUCGGUCGCUUCUGAAGAAGUCGAAGAAGUGCUCGACUGGUUGUCGUGAUUUGGAUUCAUUUUUGAGGGGUGGGUUUCCUUGCGGGAGUGUCACUGAACUGGUGGGCGAGAGCGCUUCCGCAAAAACUCAGCUGUGUCUUCAGCUCUCGCUAGCUGUGCAGCUUCCUGCUUCUGAAGGCGGACUUAAUGGAAGUUCUCUCUACGUGUAUACGGAAAAUUACUUUCCUUUUCGGCGUCUUCAGGAAAUUGCUAAUCAUAUGGUGGCGACGAGACGGAAAGAGGGUCGUCCAUUCGCUUCAAAUGAUCGCUCUCUGAGACCUCUGAAUGUAAAUACUUUGGCGUCAGGGAAGUCUUUCUGCCCCGUCAAAGCUCGAAGGAAUUUGAACACAGCCGGAUCUGCAUCUAUGGUCUGCGAAGGAGCCUCGAAUCCUUGCAACAGGGUGUUCGUACAGGGAAUUCAGACGGCUGACAAUUUGCUGGAGUAUUUGGACUAUCUGUACACUCUAUUGAUACAUCCAUUCCUUCUUCCUGUGAAGGUCAUUGUUAUCGACUCCAUUGCAGCACUGUUCAGGUCUGACUUCGACAAUACUGCCGACGAGAUGAAAGUCAGGGUGUCUUUGUACUUCCAAGUUGCCGCCAAACUGAAGAAAUACGCUGAGGAGUUCAAUCUGGCGGUUGUGGUGACGAACCAAGUGACAGAUUCUUUCGAGCCAGAGAUGCCCUUGAGCAAGAGCCUGUUUGGAAUGAGCCGGACGCAAGAUUCUGAAGUUCUUGUUACAUCCGGUCGAAGGGUUGCUCCGGCAUUAGCUCUUUCGUGGACCCAUUGCAUCAAUUCGCGCCUCUUUCUGUCCCGAAGCUAUGGGAGCGGUGAUCUCGUGAGGCGCUCUAUGCGGGUCGUUUUCGCACCCCAUCUACCGACUGAAUCGUGUGACUUCGAGGUCACUUCAGAAGGUGUCCGAGGUCUGUCCAUGAAACUGUCGAGUACGAUUACAGGAACUCCUCCCAAAAUUCGCACGGAUCCAAGUCCAACCUCGUACUCCGACCACAGAGAGCUGGCUCGAAUUCCUGUGACUCCUCCGCGUUGUGAUCUGCAUAGUAGCGAUGAUUGCCCUUCCAGUUGUGAUAGAUUAUUCGAGAUUUCUCAGAGCCAACGGGUAGUCGAAACUCCUCCAUUCACUCCUACGAGGCGGAAAGUUGAUGUCAUAGGAGAGACAGCACGGAAGGAAACCAUCACUCUACAGCUGAAGCUCUUCCGGUGACUCCAGAUGAUGACCUCCGGCACGUCCAGAUGUGCCUGUGAGUCAGGACAGUACUCAUAUCAUAAGAAGCACUUGGUCAAUCGUCUAUCUCAGAUUGUCUCGACACCUACUCAAAAAUCUUUGAGAUAUGACUUAGGAUAUGGCCGCUCUGCCCACAUCUGCUUCCAGCCGUGAUGAUAAUUUGUAAUUUAGGGUUAUGCAAUUUGCUAUUCUGCCUAUCUCCUGAUUAUUUAGCUCCUUUUCCAUAUCAACGCAUCGAAUCCCUAUUCUGAUAAUUCAAGCAGGAAAAUAAACUUCAUAAACCAGGUCUAGUAUCUGACUCAACCCAUUCAGGGCAGCAAUCUAUUUCAAAUUCUUGUCCGAAGUUCUAUUGCAGAUGUAGGUGAUAGGAAUAUAUCUAAAGAGGAAUGUGAUUACUUGAACGAUCUCAGUCAUGCUGGAUCGACUUACCAGGAUAUCAUCGUUUAGAUUCAUGCUAAGUCCAUAUCCUGUGUACUAUAUAUACAUGACUCUGGACUUUCAGUGGCCCAGCGAAGUCAAAGAUUGAUUCAUUCAUGUGACAAUAAAGUUUCCAUCAGCUUCAAAUGAUUUCCAUUUACAACGCGUAUGAAACGAUCCAUCAUGCAGAUGGCUUAGAAACGGCGACAACUAUAUCCUCAAAUGUGAUGACUGUGUUAUAAUAGCUUGAAAGAAGAUUAAUUGUCUGCGUCUAUAAUCGUUACACUGAACAUUGAGGCCAACAAUAACCCAUAUCUAGAAGGGAGCAAGGCGUUUGCACCGUGGACUCUUCCCGUUUGUCAUUUAGAUUGGUCCAUCUCGGAUUCAUGUUGCUACAAUGUAACUACUUCAUUACUGCAGGGUGGGCCUAUUCCACGCGCUUUUUGAUACCUCACUUUCAAUUCUGGGUGAAACUGAAAGUGAGGUCCAGUUUUGAUUAGAGCAUGCCAUCUGUGAUCAUGGACAUACGGCGAGCGUCAUGACCCCUGGCCGAUUAGUGCCGCACUUGGGUACAUGGUCACACAACAUGCCGCGAUGUGACUUGUUUGAGCAUUUCUGACCUGCUCUUUGUCAUAUGUGGAUCUCUUGCCUUCGAUGGAUUAGUAUCCUUUCUUCGACGCCAAAUUGAUCGCUUAAGUCAAAGAGGUCGGAUGAUCACAUUGACGAGGAGACACGGUAUCGGAAGGAUGGACAUCGAGUUAGAGAAGACGGAUUUGUCUCAUGAAACUGAAGGUAAGACUUGCCGAAGAAUGCAAUUGUGCUUCGAUUACUGAGACAUUGCUGGAGGGAAUCUGGAAGACCAACGGGCAUAUUCAACAAAUUCGAACUGCCCACAGUGCCCAAGUCAUCAGGUGCGGUUUGACUCAAAUUUCCAGAGUUCCUUUUAUGCGAGAAAGUGUAAGAACUUCCAAACGACAACUACCGAAAGCGGUGGACAGAUUCCCAGGUUCCAGCCCCAGACAGAGCCUGAACACACAGUCCCGAAAUUCUAAACAAACCAACACACCAUCCAUCCCAUCCAGAAAUCAACGAUCUCGACAGCAACGGAACGAGUCAAAGCUGUACGCCAUCGCCGUCAUUCUCCACGGACCCGCACGCUGCGGUCAAUGAUAAAGCCACCAUGAAGCUCCAGACCUCCUCAUCGAAAUCGUUGCCACCAUUACUGGCAGCUUUCAAUCUCAUCCCACCAACGCCAAGAGAGAGAGAGAGAGAGAGAGAGGGAGAGGCGGGGAGGUUCAAUCGCCCUUACGAGACAGAAAUGGAGCGAGAGAGGAAACAGACGCGGCGAGCGGGGGCGCUGCCAAACUCGCGACCUCCACAAGCUCGCGAUCCAGAAGCUGGGAAGCGAAGCGAAGCGCAUUGGGCCGUCGAGGGGAAUGCCAUCGUGCCCAUCCGACGAGACGAGAGAUUCCUCAAUCCUAGCACGUCGAGGUCCGAGAAUUUGGUGACCCUGAGGUCUGACAUUCACUUGCCCCACGUGGCGGACGGGCCAUCGCUCUGACGCCCCCCCGUUGACGGGCCCGGCCGUGGAGCGCAUCUUCGGGGUCUCGAGUGUGCCAGGGCGUGGAGAAAACAUGCCCGCUCGUAUUUAUUUAUUUAUUUCUUCAAAAAUAAAUAAAUACAUACAUUUUGGGUACUUUUUCUUGACUAACGGGAUCUUUGCAUAGUGUUGAGUUACCACUAAAAGUGCACGUGACCCGGUGAUACGAGGAUGACAUGAUCCGACCUGAUACAUACAUGUUUAUGAGCGACGAUUAUCGUAUAGAAUAUAAUCUCAUAUUUAUUCUAUCACCAG